AUGGCGGAAAUCAAAUCAUCUUCAGAAACUUACUCGCGACUGUCAACGUCGAUGCAGGAAGCUUAUGCCAAGGUCCUAGUAGAUCGAAUUAAGUUUUCUGAUGAUAGCAGUAGUGUGUUAGAAAUUGGAUGUGGAACUGGGGCAACUGCAGCAUAUUUGGCCCGAGAUGUGGUCAGGAACGGAACUGUAACUGGCUGCGAUCCUCAAGAGAACAGAAUCCGCGUAGCCGCUGAGAAGUAUUCUGGCAUAGAAGGACUGGAGUUUAUAAAAAGCACUGGAGUUGAAGCUUUGAAGGGUAAAGAACAGGCCUACGAUGUUAUAUACAGCAAUUCUGUACUGCACUGGAUGUCUGAUGAGGAAUUUGAGGAGACAAUGAGGCUAAGCUUUGUUGCAAUGAAAUCUGGGGGAUUUGCAGCCCAUAAUGUUGUUGAAGCGAUCCCCGAAAAUGUGGUCAAAGUGAUUGCGAAUUCGAAUCCCGAAGAUUUAAAAAGCCUUUAUGAAAUGAUAAAGCCAAUCAGCCUUGGAAGGCUUGUGGAUGUAUCAGCAAAAGUGGGCUUCAAGGUUGUAGACUCAGGUCGGAUACCAACAGUGACAAAAUUUGAUGAUUUGAAAGAGUAUCUACGUUUACAGGAUGCAACGCUGUACGGUAAAUAUGGUAUUGAAGAAGGUUACAUGAUAAACAGUCACAAGAUUGAUUUGGCAAAGGAUGAAGAUGGCAAAAUAAUUCAUGUUAGUCCUUUAGUGUUUAUUGUUUUACAGAAAUUGUGA